UGAAGGAGGGUUGGUCCGCUGGCCCCCUACACAAUGUAUAGUGGUUCAGUCUUGUCGAUUCUCCAAUUCCAAAGGUUCGAGUGCUGACUGUUGGGAAAGCUGUGUGUGUGUGUGUGUGUGUAACGAGGUGGUGGUACCUAGGUGGUGUUGAAGAGAGAGAGAGAGAGAGAGAGAGAGAGCCUGUGGUAUUGAUAGUGACGGUGGUGGUGGUGGUUGUCACCCGUCGGGGAGUCAGCAACUGAGCAGCAUCAGUUGUCGCUCAGCCGUGGCCGCCUCCACAGUAGUGACAAGAAACCCUCCCACGCGUCCCUUCUCUCCCCCCACCCUUCCUCUCCACAACCACAAGUGAACCACACACAGAAGCUGGACAGACACGGGAAAUGGAAACUCUGAAGCGGCCGCAGUCCCCGUGCCUGCUGGUGGUGGUGGUGGUGAUUGUGUGCAUAUCAGCGCACCCCUUCCACCGGUCCCGUUACCAUGCCAGGCCGCCUCGUCGCCAGCCUGCUGCACAGACAGCUUCUCUCAGUGACCACUGCACAUCCCCGCGCUCCACUGCUGCCUCACCGCCACACGGGAGGGUGGCGAGGUGGCUUGCCUCCUACAACCGGGAGCUGCUUCACGUAAGGCAGACACAAGCGGCUCAGUCGUGGGAGGUACUCACCGGCUCAACCGACACCUUUCCUUACCCUCACCGGCUCUCCGCCGCCGCUGUGGCUGAAUGGCAGGAGCGGCGGGUACAGGAGGCGAGAUGCUUCUCUAAGUGGAACGUGACAGCGGAACAGCGUCGUAUGCUGCACCUCAUCACGAGAGGCCCACGCUACACCCGAAAGCAGGCGAGAUCCCUGAGGUCUCUCGUGGGGGAGAUGCGGCGCCAGUACUCCAACGCGACGCUCACUCGUGGCGGUGUUACCUUACACGGCGAGGGCGACGUGACGCACCUCAUGAGGACCUGCCGCGACCCUGGCGUGCUGGCAUGGGCGUGGCAGGCCUGGCAUGACACCCUGGGGCCUUCAGCACGCCCAUUGUUCACCCGUGCCGUGAGCGUGAUGAACAGCGCGGCUCGACGGGGAGGAUACAGCGACAUGGGCGACGCCUGGCGAGGGGAGCUGGAGCUGGGGUGCGAGGCGCGGGCGGCAGUGGCGAGGCUGUACAUCCAGGUGGCUCCCCUGUACCGCCUGCUGCACGCCGUGGCUCGCGACGCCCUGCAGCGGCAGUACGGCACACACCUUGUGCAGCACAACAAGCCCCUUCCCGUGCACCUGUCAGGUGACUUGUGGGGCCAAGAUUGGUCGUCCCUGCUUGACCUACUGCUACCACGCACCGCACCGACGCAACAUGCUGUCUCCGCCCUGCCACGCACUGCUGCUGCCAUGGUCAAGGCGGCGCAGCGAGUGUUCCAGGAUCUGGGUUUCCCAAAGCUGCCUUACCAGGUGGUCACCCACGCCUGGCUUGGAGGCUCCGGUGAAGGCGGCGGGCCAGGAGGGUGUCACCCCAGCGCCCUGGACAUGUUCACCCCCGGGGACUACAGGGUGGUGGUGUGCCCGGGGCGAGGAGGCAGCUCUGCGGGGCGGGAGACCGUGCACGAGCUUGGCCACGUCCACUACUUCCAUGCGUAUCGACACCAGCUGCCUCUCCUCAGGGAUGCGCCCAACGCCGCCCUGCACGAGACCAUCGGUGACGUUGUUCAUCUGACGACCCUGGCACCGCCCUGCCUGCGCCGCGCUCACGCCCUUCCCACGCACCACCUGACAGGUGACGCCCUGCGGAAUCUGCUACAGGAGGCCCUCACCAAGCUGCCGCGCCUCGCCUUCGCUGCCGCCCUGGACACGUGGCGAUGGGACGCCUUCCAGGGCAAGGUGUCGCCUGAGGAAUACAACGAGUCGUUCUGGCGUCGCCGCGCAAGCUACCAAGGUGUGGCUCCCCCCGCGCCCCGCCCGGCCCUCGGCUUCGACCCCGCCGGGAAGUACCACGUGGCAGAGAACAUUCCCUACGUGAGGUAUCUGGUGGCGGUCGUGGCUCAAUACCAGGUCCAUCGAGGGCUGUGUGAGGCUGCCUUGGGUCGCCCGCUGCCCAUACCACCUCAUGAAUGCCCCGCCGCCGCCAUACGCACUGCCGUCCCCCUCCUCAGGGAGGUGAUGGCAGCGGGCGCCUCAAUCACGUGGAGGGAAGCGAUGGGGACGCUGACGAGGAAAACUAAGGAUUUGGACGCCACUCCCCUUCUGCAGUACUUUGCGCCGCUCACCCGCUGGCUGGAGCAUCGCGUUCGGCAGGGCAAUCUCACCCUUGGAUGGUAAUCGCUCACCCCACCCUGCACCAAACCCUCGGAUCCCUAGGUUCUGCUCUCAGUAUGACCUGCAGCAUCCCAGUCCUCCUGUUACAAGUCUCUCUCCCAAGCCCCUAGUCCCCAGUUUUCAGCCCCCAGCUCAGAUUGCAAUACCCCCAGCCUCCAGCAUACAGCCUCAGCCCCAAGCUUCCAGUCUACAACUUUCUAGACACCGACACUCCAGCCUCCCAGUCUUGCAGGUCUUUUGUGUAGCUGUUGUCCUCUCAGUCUUGUAUGUAGUUACAUAUUCUAUAAAACUAUUCACUUUCGUAACCCUGCAAAGCUCUACGGAACCAAUAGCAAUUUCAAUACCACACAUAACUGAAAGAAUUCCAUACGCAGCUUUGCACAAACAAUCCUCUAAGAGCCUACACAACACCCCUGAAACCUGGCACAUCCCAUCUUUCCUUCUUGUAUCUAAUGUAUCCAAUGUCAUAUUGGCUAUAUCUCGCAGAGGAGUCACCAGUCAUGGCAGAGAAAAGUUAACGCCUACCUUUACUCUAUCCUCCACUCCGCCUCUUCCUUUACCUGCACGUUAAAGCAGCUGACUGCUGCUCUGCAUUCCCCUCGAUGACGCCACCCCGGCACCUCCUCCUUCACCUGCACACUAACUGACCCCUCCAUCACGUCCCCCUCAAUGACACCACUCGGCACCACCUCAUUCACCUGCACACUGACCCCUCAAUCACGUUACCAUCCACGACACCACUCUGUCACCUCUACCUUCACCUGCACAUUAACUGACCCCUCCAUCGCGUCCCCCUCGAUGACACCACUCCGCCACCUCUACCUUCACCAGCACGCUCACAGCAAAUCCUCAAAUCCCCAGCACUCCCUAACAUCCCCCCUCACCUGCUCCAAUCCUACCGCAGAUUCCGAGAUCAUCAUCACAUCAAAUGCGUCCCUGUAUCUCUUAGAAUUUCUUCCACGUCCUCACUGGCGCCUUGCUUCACCGAGUCACUCCCCCUCCGAGUUAUGUGGUGAUAUGGAGGUGGAGUGCAAGGCUAUGUGGAGAAGGGGAACCUGGAUUACUGGAACUUGGAAUGAUCUAACACUGCUAUGAUGGAUAUAAUAAUAAUAAAAAAAAACCCUACAACUCCUCCUCCUCCACCUCCUCUUCCUGGAACACUGGAAUAAUGGAACACUGCUAUGAUGAAUACAAUAAUAAAAAAAAAUAGCUCUACUUCUUCAUCUCCUCCUCCUCCUCGUGGCCCCAGAGCGGCGGUAUUUCAUCCGGACGAGGCACCAGGUGGAGGGUGUGGCGAACAAAACUGUCAAGUGGGUGGCGCCGUCUGGCCGUCUCGGUUGACAGGGCCGCGGAGGGUCACCCGUGUUAUUACCAGCGGCUGGAGCCCAUAUUUGUCGCAUCGGGUAAUAGGCUUCCUCAAUGCGACCUUCCCUCCCUCCCUUCUUCCCUCCAUCCCUCUCUCCCUCCCCUACUCCCGGACCCCACCGAGGGAGCCUAACAAGCUUAAACCAAAGGGCCUCCUCCUCCUCUCUUCCUCUUCUUCGUUUCCCCUUCGUCCCCUCCCCGCAACCUCCCCCCGUCCGCGCCCCGAGGCAGUGGAGCAUUCAUAACCCGUUUUCUGUUGUAUGCGCCUCGAAGAGAGAGAAAAACGGGGAUC